AUGAAAUUCUGUGGUUGUCUAACUGUCCGACGUGAUUCACAAGAUGAGCCUACAAAUAAAUGUAUUAAACGAUAUUUUCUUAAACGUGAUUUACCAACGAAUGAUAAUGGUUCUAUAAUGAGCGCAAAAGUACAAAAAGAUCGAACCAAAUCGAAUACAAGUACAAUUACACAAUCACACAUUAGACAGUAUACUUUAAAAAAGCAAUCAUCAUCAAGAUCAAUAAAUGAAGCUGUUCUACAUGAUGAUCAUCAUAAUGUAUCUAAACGACGAUCAGUUACAUUUGCUAAUGAUAGUGAAACUGAACGACGUAAAUUUCUUCGAUUAAAUAAAACAAAACGUGGAUCGAUCAAUGAAUUGCAAUUUAAUGAUAAUAAACGUGCAAUAAGUUCACCAAAUGUUAAUCAUUUGAUGAGAACAACCAUAAAUACAUCCUAUGAAACAACAACAUGUGAUGAACUUGAUAAUUCACAACAGAAGAAAAUAGUUGUUCGUCGUCGGAAACGAAGUAAAUCUCCUCGAAAACAAUUCCCAUCGGAAAUUCUAGAUGCAAUCAAAUUUGAUCUCGUAGAAUCUGUUGGUUUAGAUGAGAAUCAACUAAAAACAAUUCCUUAUGAAAAUAUCAAGACAUCAUCUCAACCAAUUCGUAUUAGUCUUUCAUCAUAUUCAUCUCAACAACAAAAAAGACGACGACGUUCCUCUCCAUUCAAUCGAUCUGGAGGUAUAGUUCAUAGUGCAUCAACGUAUAUGUUAUAUUAUCACGUUCAACCGACUGUUGUUUCUACUGCUCAAGUCAAAUCAACAAAAGUUAUUAGUGUAAUUCAAAACACAGAGAAUUGUAUGUAUAAUCAUCUUUUUGUCUUAUCAAUUAGAUUAUUUUGUUUUUAA